AUGGAACGCGGAGAUCCACAAUUUUCUUCGUUUCGAACUAAACCUCGACAACCAAUUGUUGCAUCAAGAGAUGUGAGUUUUUUUCAAAGAAAACAUUGAUAGAUAUUGGAAAUAUUGUUAUUUUUGGAUCAAAAUUUUGACAAAAAAAUCCUGGAAAUUCCAAAUUUAGAUGUUGUUUGCUAUGAAAAAAUCGAAUUUAUCUAUGAUCCGGAAUUCAAAAUUCAAAAACAGAUUUUGCCCCAAUUAUCCCCCAAACAUAUUUUUUCUCAGAUUGAAGAAGUAUUCUCGCGUGCAUCAACAUCAGCAGCUCGAUAUGUUUCAGAUAGCAGUUCCGAAAAUACAACUCGUCUCGAUGAAUCACUUUCUGAAGUUAUUCGAUUUAUAAGUGAAGGAGAUUAUGCGGCAAGACUCACUUUGAAAAAUACUCAUGUACUUGAAUUACUCGAUUAUACACCUGUUACUUUGAGUGAGUUAUUCUUGUUUUUAAAAGUAUUUAAAUAAUUUUUGAUAAUUUUUCAGGUGCAAAUACAACAAAUGCUAUUACUAGAUCUCGAUUCUAUCGAAUGUUAUUUACAAUAGGUAACAUUAAUCAAUCUUCUAACGUUUUUUAAAAUUAAAAUUUCAGCUUUUCGUAAUAUUCCUAUAAGAAGGUAUAUGGCAUGCGAAUUAGAACUUUGCGCUUCAAUUUUUAAUUGCCUAAAAAUUUCACUUCGAGAAGAAUUGGGUCCUCAAAAUAUGAUUGAUAUUCUUCGACUUCUACAGGUUUUGUGCUAUGAAAAAACUGCAACAUUAGGAAUUUGGACAAAUGAACUCAUUUCUUUUUUAAUAGGAGAAGUGUAAGUGUUUUUUCAAGUUUAAAAAUAUUGAAUUUCAAAAAAAAAAUUUUUUAAGUAUAGACCUGAAAAAUCAAAUUUCUAUCUUAUAUUUGAAGAGGGCUAUUUUUUCUUGAAAAAACCUCUUUUGAAUUUAGACUUUGAAAAAAUUCUGGUAACUUUAUUUUUUUUAGAUGUCGUGAACCCGAACAAGAAUGGAUGGCAUAUUGUAUAGCAAUUUUGUGUAAUUUAGCAACUCGAUCAAAAUCGGUUUGUAAUCGAAUUAAGAAAUCUGUAAGUUCAAUUAAUUUUUCAAAUCUAAAUAUUUUCCAAUUUUCAGUCUUCAUAUAAACAAUUUAGUCGACGAAUAAUGACUCUUUUACAACAUAAUGCUCGAAUUAUUGUAGUUUCAAGUUUAGUUUUGAUUGGAUAUUUAGAAGAAAGAGUUCGAGAUGUUGUUUAUUGUACAAAAAAUGUUCACGAAACAUUUCAAUGUGUAUUUAAUGUAUUGAUACUUGGAGAUGAUGAUUGUUUGAUGACUCGACAAAUUGCUGCUGAUUUACUUCGUCGACUUAUUGUAUCUGAUACUCCAGCAUUAUCUUCUACUCCAACUUUGGCAACAACAGGACAAGAUAUUUUGAAAUAUGAUUUUUUUGAUAAUUGUAUUCAACAAACUGCUGCAUUAUUGAUUAAUUUGGAUCCGAUGAUGGAGGAAAGUAUGAAGAUUUAUGAUCUAUUUUUGUCACUUUGCUCUUUGCAAAUUUUGAGAAGUUCCGUUUGUCAUGCAAUUUUAAAAUUUCAACCGACGGAUUCGAGAUUGACAACACCGGUUUUAGGUUAGUAUUAGUUAUUUACGCUUAAUUGACAAAUUAUUACAUCAAUAUUUUCUAUUGAUAUUUUUAGCCAUUGCCAAAACUGCAUCUAUAGAUUAUCGAUAUUGUAUAAAUAGUGAAGUUCCAUUAAAAGCGCUCAAAUUACUUGCAUAUCUUCUGAAGGUUAGUUUUUCUUCAAAAAAUAAAUUUGAAUAUACAUUUUCUAAUUUCAGGAGAUCAUUGAACCAAAUGAGAAAAUUCAUCCAAUAGUUCCAAUCAAUCAUUUAAUAAAUUUAAUAGAAGAUUGUAUCAAAACACCAAUUGAUCCGAAUGAUGAAAAUGUUGAAUUUGCUUGUAGAAGAGUUCAUCUUGGUCUAAAAUUAGCUGAAAUUGUAUCAAGAGAUGAAGAUUUUCGACCAGAAGUUUUGAAUAUUUGUUCAGCUCAUUUAUGCAAUCAAAUUGCAAAUUAUCAAUUUCAUCAAAAUCCAGUUGUAUUAUAUUUGACAAAACCGCCAUUACAAAGAACAGAAAGUUUGAAACAAUGGAGUAUUAGUGGAAUUUGUAUCGUUUUGGAACUUUGUCGAUUAUUAGCUGUAUUGAAAGAUCAUUCAAAAAUGCAUAAAGAUCAAUAUUGGCAAUUAUUAAAAGAUGAUCAUUUAGUUCCAUUUCUUGCGUAUGCAAUUGCAUUUGGAGAUCAUGAAACUGUUCAACAUGCAUUUGUUACUUAUUCACAUUGUACACAAAUACACGCAUUUCCAAGUAAUUUGUGAGUUUUUUUUUAAAUACGGAAUUCUAUGUUUCCAAAUUCUAAUGCAAAUGAUCCAAAUUUCUUGUAACGAAAAUUAGAAAAUUUCAGACUUGCUGAAAUGUUGGCUUCUUGUACUCUUCAACGAAGGCUUGGAAUCGAACUCCCAAAAAAUUCACAAACUUCCACACAAGAUGUUCGAAAUGGGUAUGAUUUUUAAAUUUUUUCCAAAACCCUCUAACAAUAAAAUCGUUUUUUUUGCAGUUUGAGUGAUAGACCACAAUCAGCGGAAUUGGAUGAAAGAUCAUUGAAAUCGUUGGAUGAAUUAUUGAAACGAGUGUCGAUUGAAGGAGCGAGUUUGAAAGAUGCAAAAACAUCGGAUAUUUUUGCAGCUUUCGAGAGGAAAAUCUCAUUUUUGAUGGUAAUUUUUCAAAGUGUUUUUUUUUGUUGAUUUAACUUAUUUAUAUUUCCAGGCACGUGAAAGAGAUCUCGAAGCUCUUCUAAAAGCAAAAGAUGAUCAAUUGACGCAAAGCGAAAAACUGAGAAUGCAAUAUCGAGGAACAUCUUCGGGACAAAAUACAAAUUUUGUAUCUGAUGUUGAGAUUUCGAAAAUGCGACUGAUUAUGCAAGAAUGUGAAGAUUUGAGAGAAAAAAAUCAAUCGCUGAAUCGACUUAUUGAAGUGGGUUAAUAGCUUUUCUUAUUUCUGAAAAUAGUUUGUUUUGCAGACUACAAAACAGAAACAUGUUAUUGAGACUGCUGAAUUACAAGAAAGUUUGAUGCGAUCUGCACAAGAAUGUGAAAAAUUGAAAAUUGAAUUGAAAGAUGGUCAAAAAAUGAUUGAUUCUUUCAGUUUGUCAUGUGAAGAUUUGAAAAGAAAAUUAGACUUGUAAGUUUUGAAAUUAUCAAUUAUCUGGAACAUUCUGAUUAUUAUUUCCAGAUCCACUGCAAAUUGUGUUGACCAACAAAAGAAAUUGACAAAAAUUGAAAAUGAUUUCAUUCUCGCAACAAAUGAAGUGAAAUGUUUGAAAUUGGAAGCUGAUCGAACACGGCAAUCGCAUGAAACAGAAAUUGUCAAACUGAAUGCUGAUGUUGCGCAAAAAGUAACGAGAAUUGAACAAUUUAUUAAUGAGGUGAGAAAAAGUUUCAACUUUCUGAGCUUUCCUGAUUUUUUCGUUCGAAAAAAUUGUGAUUUUCAGAAUUUUGAAAUCAAACGAUUAUAUGAAGAAAAACAUGUUGAAUGCGAAGCGAUCAAAGAGCAAACUGUACAAUUUGAAGGAAGAUUGAUGUUGAAAGAAAGAGAAGUUGCAAAAAUACAUGAGCAAUUAAUAAAUGCUGAACAAAGACAAUUGACUAGAGAUAGAGAAUUGUUAGCUGCACAAAAAGAGGUAAAAUUAAAAACAUUUCUGAGUUUUUGAUUUGUAACUAUUUUUCAAUUUUCAGGUAGAAUUAUAUGAAGAACGACUGUCAAAUAAAGAAAGAGAAAAUACAAAUAUUUAUACAGAAGUGAGUUUUUUUUCUAGAAUUUCUCAGAGAUUCGCUGGCCAGGUCGCCACCAGGUGGGGAGGCUGGCUGACCUGGGAACCACAUGGAAACCAUGUCGCCCGGUUUUUUUCGCUGGCAAGGUGGCCAGGCUCUGGCUAGGUCACGGCCACAUGGCUACCAUGUGGUGGCCACUUCGCCGCGUCAAAAUGAAUUUUCAUAAAAAUGUCUGAAAAACUUGUGAAUUGAGGCAUUUUCGAAAAAUUUGGCUCAUUUUCUCUUUUUUCGCAGCACUUGAAACCUUAGGAAGUGAAAAAACAGUAGAAAAUGCAGUGUUUUGAGUACAAACCACUGUCUUGCCAGCUUUCCAGGAUUUCAAACACACAGGCCACGUCGCCGGAAAACUCAAGGCGACCUGGCGGCCAUGCGGUUUCCAGGUGGUCGCAGAGAUCUGGUGGCGAGCUGGCCAGCGAAUCUCUGAGUUGACCCAAAAAUUCUCGAGGAAAAUUUCACCAAACAUUGUUUUGAAACUAUUUCAAGUUCAGAUUUUUAAGUUUUUUCACCACAUUUCUGAACUUUUUGAAUUUGAAUCAAACCAAUCUUGACGUAUCCACAUCUUAUUCCUCUUUCAAAAUAAAUAAAUCCAUAUUUUUCAGAUGCAAAGAAUUCGAGAAGAACUUGAAUCUACAAAAGGCGAAUUGAGUAAAAUGGAACAACUACAAGAAGCAAUGUAUGCAUUGGCAUCUUCGAAUCGAAAAAGAUAG